AAGAGACGAAUCAAAAGAUGGCGACGAAAGAAGGGAGCAGGAUAUUCGUCGGUGGGUUAUCUCCGGAGGUGACAGAGAGAGACCUUCAGCGAACUUUUGGCCGAUUCGGUGACAUUCUAGAUUGUCAGGGAUGACAUUGAUCAGAACUACAUGGUUCAAGUUGAGAUACUGCUCUCUGAUAAAUUAAAGUACCUGAGAAUAUAGGAAACACAGUAGUGAUUGAGUCUCUGAGAAAAAAAAAUGAUGUCCUCUGUUUUGGGUUUUGUUUCACGAGGUUGAGACUGUGGUAACGGGUUACUUCAGUUUCUUCUAGUGUAGUCUCUGACUUCUCUAAGUAUGCUACACUGGGUUACUGGUUCCUUCCUGAAAUUAUCUGCCUCUUAUUUUCUGAGUCGAGAUUCUGGUUAACAAGGUUAGGAAGAAGCGCUUCUGUCUUGUCUUGUUUGUUAGCUCGUGCUGGGAUUCCUGACUUGAUUUUGAGUGGUGAAUUGAAGAUGCUACUCAGUUUAGGCCAGUGUCACCUUUGCCCUUCUGGUGGAUGAAGAUACAUAGUAUCCCCUCGCAGUCAUUCACAUACCAAACACUUUGUAGCAUCGACGUCUGGAUAAGCCCAGUCCGCAUCUCAGCUGUCCUGUUGCAAGAUUUCCAUUUCUUCCUGAUACCUUGAGCCCCAGUGCUGACGUUGGAACUGCAGAACGAAAGACUCCAUUGAUUUUAACUUUUCCUUUCAUUUUCCAAGCCUAACAUCAUACCCUUAUAUAUACCCUUAUAUAUAAAUACACGCCCAACUAAAAUGAUUCUUGUGCGUAGGCUACACAUUUUUAGAUCUCAUACCCCAGUUCUUUGCGCUUAUCUUUUCCCCAUGUUUCUGAAAUCUGAUAAAGUUCGUUGUGUGAGAUGGAGUUAUGUGUUUCUGAUCUGUGGGCUUUGGGGCUAUGCAACGAGUUGUCAGCUCCAGGAGAACUGAACUGAAUGACUUAAGCUGGAUCAAUGCCAGAUGAUAUCUGCAUAUUGAGAAGAAACCGAUGUUUGAUCAGGAAUACUGUGUACUCUUAGUUCAGUGGCUUCCUUCUGUCUAUAAACUUCUUCUCUUUAAAGUUGUUGAAAAUAGGGAUUGACUAGUAGAUUCGUUUAGGGGAUGAAUUCACGGAGCUGUCAUUUUGGACUGAGGAAGAAAUGUUAGUGGUGUGCUGCUUCAUUUUCUGUGGAUCUCUAGUUGUUUUGCUCUGAAGUGGAGAUUGAAUGAUAAUUUAGUACUGCACAAAAGACAGGGUCGAUGUUAUGCAGUAGACCGUUAAACAGAUGGACUUGAUAUGAUCUUUCAGAUUUUGCAUAUGUUUGAUUUUCUACUGCCCUUCUGAUCAGUUUCUAGCAUAUACUUUUGGGAAAAUCAGCUUUUGUGGUGUGGUGUGUUGUGUAUAGAUCAUGAUGGAAAGAGACACCGGUCGUUCACGUGGAUUUGGGUUUAUUACCUUUGCUGAUCGCCGUGCUAUGGACGAGUCCAUCAGAGAGAUGCAUGGAAGGGACUUUGGUGAUCGGGUCAUCUCAGUGAACAGAGCUGAACCGAAAAUGGGAGGGAGAGAUGAUGGGGAAAGUCAUGGCUCUAGAGGUGGUGGCAGAGACGGUGGGUACUCAUUGGCUGGAAAGGGAAGCUUUGGUGGCGGUGGCCGUGUUGGUGAAGAUGAGUGCUUCAAAUGUGGACGUGUUGGGCAUUGGGCCCGUGACUGCCCGUCUGCUACUGGUGGUCGUGGUGGACCCGUUGGUGGCUUUUCUUCCCGUGCUGCGUAUGGAGGAUCUGAUGGACGUGUGGACCGUUAUGCUGACCGUGAGCGAUAUGUGGACCGUGAACGUUACAUAGAUGAUCGAUAUGAUGGUGGUGCUCCACGCUUUGGUGCUAGGGACAGGUUUGACAGCAGAGAAGCUUACAUCCCCCGUGAUCGCUACGCCAGUGACAGGUAUGCAGCCCCGGUUGAUCGGUUUGCAGGUGGGGAUAGGUACAGCCGUGGAUCAGACCGUUACCCCCCAGCGAGUUAUGAGAAACCCAGGUCCUUUGAGAGGGACUUAGUCCCAAGUGCAGGCAGUGACAGGUACGGUGGUGGUAGAGCUGGCGGGCCUAUUCGUGGAGGAGACGAGGGAAGAGGGUUUAGAAGCAGAGCCAGUGGUCCGUAUGAGAGGCCGAGCCGAAGCAGUGGUGGUGGCGGUGGUUAUCCAUCGUCCGGUACUUUAGACCGUUACUAAGGCAUGAAUGAAGAAGUGAAUGAUGCUGGGUUUAGGGUUAUUUACACUCACUCUUGUGUGUGUGCGUAUGUGGUAAUGGAUAUCUCUGUAAUCGUUCUUAUAUGUAAAGACUCCUUUCAUACUAUGUUAGUUUGGAGAACUGUUAGCUUUGUAUCAUGAUAUUUUAUUUGGUUUGUUCUGGUACAAUUACAAUGACUUUGAGCUUCGA